AUUCUAACAAUUUUUCUUUCAUUUCUCCGACGGUCGACGAGGCGUUCGUUCGAUCGUUUGGUCACGUCAUCUUUUUUAUCUUGUAAUGACUGAUUUUUGCGUCCCACAUGCUUAGGGGUAAUCGAAUUAAGAAGAAAUCCAAGAAUCCCCGCACUAGAAGAAAACUUCCAGUGACCGCGGACGUAAAUGUGAACUAGAAAGUGUGUGAACGGAGUCGCGAGGUGUCUCGUCCGUCCGGUUCGAUCUGGAUUUUAGCAGUUUGAACCGCGAGUCGGGCUCCCUUUUCCCCGUUAAUCAUUAAUUUUAAAGUUUGGUGGUGUAUUUAAAGACUUAUUUAUUUAUUAUUGUCCGUUAUUCGGAGUGUUUUAGUGGUGUAAUCGUUUUAUAAGUCGCGUAUCAAGAUGUCUGAAGAGUCGUCCGCCGAUCGUAAUGUCGAAAUAUGGAAGAUCAAGAAGCUCAUAAAGAGCUUGGAGAUGGCCAGGGGCAAUGGCACAUCCAUGAUAUCCCUCAUCAUCCCGCCCAAGGACCAGAUCUCUCGCGUGUCCAAGAUGUUGGCCGACGAGUUCGGCACCGCGUCCAACAUCAAGUCGCGCGUCAACCGCCUGUCCGUACUCGGCGCCAUCACCUCCGUACAGCACAGGCUCAAGCUCUACACUAAAGUGCCUCCAAACGGUCUAGUGAUCUACUGCGGCACCAUAGUCACCGAAGAGGGCAAGGAGAAGAAAGUUAACAUAGACUUUGAGCCGUUCAAGCCUAUCAACACCUCGCUGUACCUGUGCGACAACAAGUUCCACACGGAGGCGCUCACGGCGCUCCUGGCCGAUGACAAUAAGUUCGGCUUCAUCGUCAUGGACGGUAACGGCGCGUUGUUCGGUACGCUGCAGGGCAACACUAGAGAGGUGCUUCACAAGUUCACGGUAGACCUGCCGAAGAAGCACGGUCGCGGUGGUCAGUCUGCGCUGCGUUUCGCGCGUCUCCGCAUGGAGAAGCGACACAACUACGUGCGGAAGGUGGCCGAGGUGGCCACGCAGCUGUUCAUCAGCGCCGACCGCCCCAACGUGGCCGGCCUCAUUCUGGCCGGUUCCGCUGACUUCAAGACGGAGCUCAGUCAGUCCGACAUGUUUGAUCCUCGGCUGCAAGCCAAGAUCAUUAAGCUGGUGGACGUGUCGUACGGAGGCGAGAACGGGUUCAACCAGGCCAUCGAGCUGGCGGCCGAGUCGCUGCAGAACGUCAAGUUCAUCCAGGAGAAGAAGCUCAUUGGACGGUACUUCGACGAGAUCUCGCAGGAUACGGGCAAAUACUGCUUCGGCGUGGACGACACGCUGCGCGCGCUCGAGCUCGGCGCCGUCGAGACGCUCAUCUGCUGGGAGAACCUCGACAUCCAGAGAUACGUCCUUAAGUCGCACGCAACCAACCAGGAGACCAUCUUGCAUCUGACGCCCGAGCAGGAGAAGGACAAGUCACACUUCACCGACAAAGAGAGCGGGGUGGAGCUUGAGCUGGUGGAGUGUCAGCCGCUGCUGGAGUGGCUCGCCAACAACUACAAGUCGUUCGGCGCCACGCUCGAGAUCAUCACCGACAAGAGCCAGGAGGGCAGCCAGUUCGUGCGCGGCUUUGGAGGCAUCGGCGGCCUCCUCCGCUACAAGGUGGACUUCCAAUCCAUGCAGCUGGAUGACGAGGAGAUCGACAACAUCUACGACAUCGACGACUACUAGACCGUCCAGUCCAGAGUACAGUACAGUCAGCAGCAAAAGUUGCUAAGCGGGCGAAGUGUUUAAACACAUUGACACGCUCUUAUUUGCUUAGCAAUAAAGUCGCGCCAAGAUCACUUUGAACACCUCGCCCGCUUAGCAAGUUCUGCUGCUGACUGUACCAUCGAGUCAACUGACUAAUUAUAAACCUUAUUCUAGCUCAGCCAUACUUGAACUUACUUCUGUUUUAACAGAAACGUCCGUAAACGAUACCACAAAGUUUAGAAAUAAAUGAUGAAAAAUUCACUGUCUCGGGCAUAGAUGGUAGGAUCCUAUAGAUGUGCUUUUGCAAUUUUUCCCCCCACCCCUCAUGCCUGAUCCAGUUAUAUACUAGAUUCAUGGUCUCGGGCGAGGCUCGAAGUCUCGGUAGCUCAGUUGACAGAGCAAUGGGCUAGUGAUUCAGAGUCACGAGUUCAUGCCUCGCCCGAGACAGUGAAUUUUUGCACUUUUUAUUUAUUUCUAGACUUAUAAUUAACCCUUUUUAUUGGGGCCAUAAAGACGGUUUUGUCUUGUAGCCCCGGCCGCAAAAUAAAUUUGCUACUUAUAUUACUUUUAUUAUAGGUGAGGGAUGCCAAGGUUUAUCUAUCUAUGCCUAUGGAUCACCUGGCUGACCAUUUAAUGCCUGCGGGCUGCAUGCGGCUCGCACGUUGAGUAUGACUGUUCUAGUUUAAUAAGGCUUUAGUUUUGGUCAGCUGACGUUAGAACAGUAGUUCCUCCGUCCACUGUGUGUAAAGUACGAUAAAGAUGCGAUAGGUUCUCGUUCUUUACACAAUAAUAAGUCUCAUUCUAACUGAUGGAUGCGUCCCUAUCGCUCUUUAAUGCGCAUAAAAUAUUAAGCAAAAUAUAUCGGUACACAUUGUUGUAAACAUUUUAUGUUCCAAGUGCAGUGUGCGUAUAUAUUUAUAUAAUAAUAUAACGCAGAUACAGUUUUCUUUGCUUCCAAAACAAAGAUGCGAGUUGCAUUGUAAGCUGGUCUUUAAAAUUAACGUAUUUUCAUUACGAAUCUCGACGUCUCUAAGACAUCUGUUCUUACAGUUUCGACAAAUGUGUGUGAUAACGAGACAUGUCUAUUCCACAUGGAUAAGUGAUGAAAAUACGACAAUAAUAGCCCUAAAGGGGACGGGGGAACUAUUGUCAGGGCUAAAUCCACUGCAUUGUUGAUUCCUCUCUCCUCCUAAGGUCUAUAUUUUAAAAGGUGAAGAAAAGCAUCACCAUUUUAUCACCUGUAAAUUCGAGGCACUAUUUUUUACUUACAGUAUUGUAAGGCUCUUUAAAUGAUUUAUAUAGACCUCAGGGGGGUACUAAAAGAUAUAAGGGACUAUUAGAUCAUAAAUUUGGCAUGUAUCUAGACGACCAGCGUGCUCAAAACACCAUUCAGUUUUCAUUAAUUAUUAUCUUUCGUCUAGAUAUAUUCGCUACUAAAAUCUUAAGAGAAUGCACAAAUGAUACGGCACGUUAAUAUGUAUUCCAAGGCGUACGUUAUAUAUAUUCGUAUAAUAGGAAAAUAACACCAAUGAUAUAUACGAACAGAACACAUAUAUUACAUAUAUGUAUAUGUAUGCUUUGGAAACUCUGGCUGAGCACUGUCAACAACCUUGUCGUGAUCAACCUUAAUAGAAAUAAACCAUUCUUAACUGCGCACCCCUUUCCGAGCUACGGUCACAUCAUAUAGUAGAUUGUGUCACAAGGGAGCAAAUUGACAUAUUUACGGCGAGGGCGUACAUUGAAUCCUGAACGAAGCGAAGAUAGAUAGGUGCAACAGCUUUUUGUGUGCGUUGCGUCUUUACAUGUAAGUAGAUCGUAGGUUCAAUAAAGAGGAACUCAGCUUGAAAAUGGUUUAUCUGUACCGUUGUUAGAGUAAAUUGCUUGACUGAUUUCCCAUAAGGGCGACAAGGUUGUGGGACUUAAUGUUUAAAUAUUAUGUAUUUAGUUAAUCCGAGUUUUAAAACGUUUUUUUAUUUGUUAUAAGUCAGUGCGCUCGUUUUAAAUACUUAAUAUCAUAUGAUGAAAUCUGCUUAUAAUGGGCCCUCUACACACCACCAGACAAAAUUUUGUCUUUAAUGUCAAAAAUGAUUUACUAUCUAUGUAGACUUUUGAAAAGAAUAAUUAAAAUAUUUUAGUCCCAAAGGUAUUUGUGUAGACUUGAGAAAAAAAGUGUCGUUUAGCGAAUGUAGGGACCAGACAUAGGAAUCUGCGAGGCAAAUUGUGAAUUAUACUUUAUGUUUGUGCACUUAUGGUACUAAUUACAACAAAAUAGUUAAAAAUUAGUUUUUAAUGUCCUAAUCGUUUUAAAACAGCCUACAUUUUGCUGUAAUUAGUACCAUAAGUGCACAAACAAUGUCUUAAUUCACAAUUUGCCCCGCGGAUUCCUAUGUCUGGUAGGGACCAUUGUGAUUGACACUUAAAAGACGCUCUGUCUCAACGAUAAACUAGCUAUUAUGAAGCUUAUUUCAAGUUACGUAAAUGUCAAAAUCUCCCAGCUCUAAUAAUUAAAGGUCUCUUUUUUGUAUGUUUGUACCAUCGCCCACAGUGUUAACUGACAGUUCGUAAACCUUAUUACAAAAUGCAUAAGGUCCACCGAUGGACAGUUAAAGAGUGUUGCUGUUUUGUAGAAGGUCCAAAUAUCUCACAACUUAUUAGUUUUUCAUUGGAUAUAUUUACGGAUGAGAAUUUAUUUGGGUUACUUACUAGUUGCAAACAAUGUUUGUGUUGGACUAUUGGUGUUUUAAUAAAUUGUAAUUAUCAAUUGUUAGGAUGAUUAAAAAUGAAAAAUUCAAGUUACUUGUUCUUUCUUAACUUGGAAGUUUUAAGGAAAUAAUGUGUAUACUCAUACACAUACUUGGAGUAUGUGUAUGAGCAUACACAUUAUUUCUUGUGCAAUUGAUUGUUUUUUUUUUUAUCUAAAUAGCUUAAAAGCGAUAAAUUACAUAAACUUAAAAUAUCUACUUAUCUAUGUUGCACAUUACAUUUACCUAACAGUAUUGAGAUAUCCCAGGACACAAUAUACAUGUUUUUAAAGACAUUCCGUGUUGUGACUGUCGUUUUUGUUUUAACCGCUAUGGAAUACUUUAAAUAUCAAUGAAUAUUGAAUGAAAUAUGAGCAUAUGUCAAUAUUAUAUCAUUCUGUGUGAACUAUGUAAGUGUUACGACUAUAUACUAAGCUUCAAGUGAGGUGUAUAGUAUAGUUCCUCUUACCAAUUAGAUGUAACACUGUUUUAGCUCUCAAUGAAAGUUGGUUCAUUUUUCAUGCGUUGGUCCGCUUUGCCUAUUCGUGUAAGCUUGCGCACUCGACGCCUUGUUUAUGUAUGUAUUCAAAUUACUAUAUAAUGUGCCUUAUCGAAAUAAAAGGUGGAAAACUGA